AUGGAAGAUUUUUUAAAGGAUAGUCCCUCGGAUAUUUCCAAGCCCAGUGAGGAAUUCAACAAUUUUAACUAUACAACCCAAGAUACCGAGGAUAAUUCACAAUCGCUCAACUUGAACUUGGACCCACUUGGCGAGAGUGGGGAACAGCAGGAUUAUUCUUUGGACUUGACCAACAACUACGAUGAAAACUAUAGAAAUGACACCUCGAGAAACUAUUUCAGUAGUGGAAGCAACAUCAACUCAAACACCCCUGGCUCGGGUUUCAAUUCAAAUACACUAUUAUCAGGAAGUGACUAUUUGAGUCCUAUGGGGUUCACAUAUAAUCAACAAGGUCUGCAGUCGCAGUCCCAAAGCACAGUAAACAACCAGUUUCAACCUGGCCACCAAAGAAUGAAUUCGGAACCGUUUUCAGGAUCCAAUCCAGGCUCUUUUACAAGUGAACCAUUUUUAGAUGAUGUGGCAUUUUCACAAGCAAUUUUGGGUCCGCAAUUGAAUGUGCCACAACAAGGUACCGAUAACUUAUCACCUCAGCUGUUUUCGCCACAAUUGCAAAGUGCACAGCCAUUCGCCGCUAACUCCGCCAAUUUGGAUGAGUUGAUAUCACCAGGUAACAAUUACGAAGAAAGUGCAUUUCUCAAUCCUCAGUACUUUUCUCCACCGGAUCGACAGGGAAACCAUUUCAAUUCCUUGCGGUCAAUAGCCGAAGAUGCAUUUGAUAACAAUUCAGGAGAUAUAUUUAGCCCGGAGUUGUCAAGGCACGGCAGCAUUAGUGGACCUUCUUAUGGGCAGGGUGCAAAUAUUCCCCAGACAGACUCUUACUUAUCACCUCAACUAAACGCCACAUCUUAUGUUUCACCAGACUUUAACGACGUGUCGUACUUGAACUCGCCACCGGUUAGCCACAAUUACAACAAUUAUAGUAACAACAACAACAACAACAACAAUAACAAUAGUAGCAGUCACAAUCGCUCGAUGAGCUUGACUGUCCCUUCGCAAAACAUGAGCUCUUCAAUCCCCAAUCACCCAAUAAGACAGGAUAAUUGGAACUCAUUGUCGCCGCCGGUGACGUCGCAAUCGGCAGUGCUAAGCACAUCGGUCCCCAGUGGGAAACCCGAUGCUUCAGUCCCAACAAAACAGCUCUCGAAAGAAGAGAAAUUGAAGAGACGCCGAGAGUUUCACAAUGCAGUUGAGCGAAGAAGACGUGAUUUGAUCAAGGAGAGGAUAAGAGAAUUGGGAAUUAUUGUACCUCCGUCAUUGUUGAAUCCGCAAUUGAGUGCCGUACUGGCCUUGCAACAAAAGAGUAACAUCAACUCAAGUGAUUUGAACGAUUUGAUCAGUUCCAUCAAGGUUAAGGAAACAAAGCCCAACAAGUCCACCAUUUUGGGCAAAUCGGUUGAGUAUAUAAAUCACUUGAAUUAUGUUUUGAAGCAACAAGAAAUUGCACGGCGCCAAUUGACUGAUGAAAUUCAACAGUUAGAGCAGAGUAAUUUUUGA